GCUGGUGCAGGGUGCAGCUUGUCCACAUACUUUUGAUCAGAAGCUUCAAUCAUGGGGGCUUUUCAAAGUCUUUUCAAAAACCUAUUUGGAAAGAAGGAGAUGAGGAUAUUGAUGGUUGGUCUGGAUGCUGCUGGUAAAACAACAAUUCUAUAUAAACUCAAACUAGGUGAAAUUGUCACAACCAUUCCAACUAUUGGUUUCAAUGUGGAGACUGUGGAGUACAAGAACAUCAGCUUUACAGUGUGGGAUGUCGGCGGUCAGGAUAAGAUCAGACCGUUAUGGCGUCACUACUUCCAAAAUACACAAGGUCUCAUAUUUGUAGUAGAUAGCAAUGACAGGGAAAGAAUGGGUGAAGCAAAGGAAGAACUCCAUAGGAUGCUUAACGAAGAUGAACUACGAGAUGCAGUCCUCUUGGUAUUUUCAAACAAACAGGAUUUACCGAAUGCACUCGAUGCUAACGAGAUGAGAGCAAACAUGGGCUUGAACACAUUGCGUAAUCGGUCGUGGUACCUCCAAGCAACAUGCGCUACAUCAGGUGAUGGUCUCUAUGAAGGUCUGGAUUGGCUGUCCUCCGAGUUAAAGAAGAGGAAGAAUUAAUAUCAUGCUCAUCAAUAUCUGUUUCUACUUCAGUUUUAAAGAUAUGUCUGUUUUGUGUUUGAUUUGUUGAAAUACGUUUUUUUUCUAUUUUGAAGAAAAUUUGCUCAAAUUAUCCAUGUUUUGUCUUAUCUUUACUUCCCUUCAGUUGAUAUGGAAACCAAUGUGAUAUCCAGAGUGAAUUUCAUUUUUUUGAAUUAGUUUGGUUAGUGCAAGGAAUAUUGUUGCAAAGCCUAGGCCAUCAAAUAAAGGUCAAAGUACUAUUCUUUGGUAUCAGGAUAAAAACAAAAUCACAAAAUUUUUAAGAUUAUGGAUAUUCAAGAUAGUUUUUGAUUUCCUAUUUCUUGAAACCUGUGCAUAUGAAUCAUUUAGUAAGUAUCAGCAAUCUUGUGAGAAGGAUUUUGUUUUAAGUCCAUGGUUCAAGGCCACUUCAGGGGCCCCGUCUCACAAAAACUUGCGAUUGAUCCGAUCAAUCGCAACUAUGGAAAGCCAGCAAAGUCAACAUAUAAAAUGCAUGUUUGCUCAAAAUUUGUUCUAGAUAUGAACGUAUAUCUGUAAAUUCAUUUAUUUCUUGACAGUUCGGUGUGUUCUCCUUGGUUUACAAAGGACAUUUUGCACAUUUCCUGUAGAAAAAAUUAUGACACUGAUGGAUUUCCAUAGAGUUACGAUUGAUUGGAUCAUCGUAACUCUUUGUAAGACGGGGCCCAGGUCAAUAAGCAAUGAUAGAGAUAUAUAUUUUUAAUAUAAUGUCAAAAGUAGCAUACCAAAUCCAAUGAAACUUGUACAAGAUGGCUGUCUGUUUUCAUAAAUCAUAUAUCAUGUACUCAGAAUACCUAUACUGCCCCACAGAAACAACAUUAGCAUUAUUCAGGGCUCCGUCUUACAAAGAGUUACAAUUGAUCCGAUCAUUAUCAAUCGCAAACUAUGGACGGCUAGCAACGUCAACAUCUAUUAUGCAUGUUUGUUCAAAGUAUUUUCUAGCUAUAAUGUAUAUUCAUGCAUUCAUUGUUUUCUUGAAAAUUCAAUGUGCUUGUCUUUGCAUACAAUGGAUAUUGUGCAAAUUUUUCGUAGAAAAAAUUAUGACACUGAUGGAUUUCCAGAGUUACGAUUGAUCGGAUCAAUCGUAAUCACUAUAAGUCACAUCUUUUGGAUUGUGAUGUAAAACAUUGUUGAUCCAAGAUGUACAUAGUUUAUUGUUGUGAUGUCGCUGUGACAAUACUGUUUGUAACAGGGCCUCUGCAAACGUAUGGUUAAUGCUAACAUUUCUAUGGGUCCAGUACAGGUUAUUUUAGGUCAAUUAACUUAAAAAGGUUCUAACCAUGAAAAAGUAAUCUUGACUGUCAUUUCAAAAAUGUGUGUAUCUUAUUUUUGUUCUAGUCCAUGAGAAUUGUACAUAGUAUAAAGUGUGGACACUUAUGUGAGUAGGAAUAUAAAGGCACAUUUAGAAGGCCCAAGGCCAUUGUAGGUGAAUGAACUAUAAGGACGAAAUUAUGAAAUUUAAUGUAUUUUAAUUAACUAUCCAUUUAUUUUCAUAGUUUAUGAAAAUUGUAUCCUAUAUACGAAGUAUUCAAUCAGAAAAAUAGAGACAAGUAAUACAGCUAGAUGUAUAUGUUUCUUCCGUAAAUUUGAUAAAUUGUUGAUUAAUAACACAAGGUUAAAACACUCUGCUUGUAAACUGAAGGCAUUCUGCCAGGGGCACAUCUCUUGUUUAGUAUGAGUAAGUUUUUAAGACAAAACAUAUCAUUUUUGUUAUUUAGGUUGUGCUAAUUGUCUCUUGGGGCUUCAAGGCAUGUGAUUUUGCACAUUCUGAGCUCCUCAUGUAAUAUGAUUCUUUAUUUUAUAAUUAUGUUAAUUAUGCCAUUCCUACUUCACACGAAAUGAGCAUAAUUUUUAUGUUAAAAAAAAAGAGAAAUCUGCUUGAUGUUGGGUGAAAUGGUAGCAAUAUUUAUCCAGAGAAUUUAUUUGAUUAUCUGAGCAAAGGAAGUGGUAUGGGUCGCAUUUUGUAAAUAUAUAGAUAGAAUCUAUGGUUGUUCGUGAUUGUAUACUGAUUGUUAGGAGGUAGUAUUAAUUGUGAUUGAAAACAAUGGUUAAACAUUAAAAAAGUCUCAAAAUCAAUUUCUUCCGUAUUGCCAAUUGCCAAAUACAUCUGUAAUGUGAAAGGAAUAGGCCUACAUCAUACAUGUAUUACUUUUUGUUAAGGUUUGAAUGGAUUGAUUUGAUCACACUAGUAAGUAAUAACCAUAGUUGCUGGAAGCACCCAAAGGGUGGGGGGGGGGUGAAGGUUUUUACUUGCUCCAAAUUAAGUCAGGUUGGGGCAUAUAUGUGUUGGUACUAAAACAAGGCCCCUUUUGUGUGCUGCACCUUAGCUGUAAACAUUUUAGGCCAGAUUCAUUUAAGGGUUCGGGUGCACCUGCUUAUAACAAGCAUUGUAUUAUUAAAGAUCAACUAUAGAGUACAGAAGUGAUGACGUCACAUAAAUCUUUUUUUAGCAUUUCAGCAUUAUGAUACCAUAUUUUGAUAGAGCAUGAUGAAAAGCCCUCACUACCAAAAUUUGGUGGGAAUUGUUCCAUGGGGGCCUUAGAUAUAACCUCAUGAAUACAUUAGUCCCAUUGAAGUCAGUGUAUUAUUGGCCUGGUUCUAAAUGUUAGGAACCAGGCCAAUACAUUGACUUCAAUGGGGCUAAUUGUGAAAAUUGAUGACGUCACACUUCGGUACUCUAUAAUGAUGAUGACGAUAGUGAUUAUAUUGCUACUGAUAAUGAUGAAUAAUGAUGAUGGUGAUCAUGAUUUAAAAAAUCAUAAUUAUGAUAAUAAGAAGAAUAUUAAUGGCAAUUAUAAUGAUAAGAAUAUCAAUGACAAUGAUAAUAGAAUUGAUAGAUGAUAAUAAGAAUAUUAAUGAUAUGAAUGUUUCAGCCAAUGGAUGGUUGUGCAUCGCAUGUAUGAUCCAUUUUGUAGUGUUAAGAGCUGCAACAAAAAAACUGUGCGGAUAAUACAGCAUACACAUACUUGUGAAUACUUCAAUACAUCCUUUCCCUCAAUAUUUUUGAAUUCAUAUUUAUAUAAAGGAGCUAGAUAAUAUGUAUAUAUAGGAUAGUAUGUGUAAUUGUACAUGCUCAUAAUCUAAUAUGUUUACAUUGCGGGAAAUCACUAUUUGAACAGGAAUAAAUGUAUAAAAUUUGAAA